CAGCCGCAACAGCAGCAGCCGCCGCCGCCGCAACAGAAUAACAAAAAAAUAGCAAAUCAAAAUGGCGCACCAGCAACAACAACUGGCACAAUCGGUGAAUUGUUCAUUGGAUGAUAUCGAUUUGACGGCACUAAAGGAUCCGGCUGGCAUCUUUGAGCUCAUCGAGGUCGUUGGCAAUGGCACCUACGGCCAGGUCUAUAAGGGCCGUCAUACAAAAACUGGUCAGUUGGCUGCCAUAAAGGUGAUGGAUGUCACCGAAGAUGAGGAGGAGGAGAUCAAGCUAGAGAUCAAUGUGCUUAAGAAAUACUCAAAUCAUCGCAACAUUGCCACCUACUAUGGUGCAUUCAUUAAGAAAUCGCCGCCGGGCAAAGAUGAUCAGCUCUGGCUGGUCAUGGAGUAUUGCGGCGCUGGCUCCGUCACCGAUCUGGUCAAGUCCACAAAGGGCCAAAGUCUGAAAGAGGAAUGGAUCGCGUACAUUUGCCGUGAAAUCUUGCGCGGCCUCAGCUAUUUGCAUUCGAACAAAGUCAUCCAUCGCGACAUCAAGGGCCAAAACGUGUUGCUCACCGAUAAUGCUGAGGUCAAACUGGUCGACUUUGGUGUCUCCGCGCAGCUGGAUCGCACGAUAGGCAGACGCAAUACGUUUAUUGGUACGCCCUACUGGAUGGCACCGGAGGUCAUUGCCUGUGAUGAGAAUCCAGAGGCCACAUACGACAAUCGUUCAGAUUUGUGGUCGCUGGGCAUCACAGCUCUGGAAAUGGCUGAGUCACAGCCGCCGCUCUGCGAUUUGCAUCCGAUGCGUGCGCUAUUCUUGAUACCGCGCAACUCGCCGCCGCGUCUCAAAUCCAAGAAAUGGUCCAAGAAGUUUCAGGGCUUCAUUGACACGGUGCUAGUUAAGGACUAUCACCAGCGGCCUUACACCGAUAAUCUGCUGAAGCAUGCCUUCAUCAAGGAUCAGCCGACGGAUCGACAGGUGCGCAUACAGCUCAAGGAUCACAUCGAUCGCUGCAAGAAGCGCAAGCAGGAGAAGGAGCGUGAAGAUUAUCGCUACUCGGGCUCGGACAACGAUGACGACGAGCCGCAGCUGGCCGGUGAGCCCAGCUCCAUUAUCCAGGCGCCGGGUGGCGAUACACUGCGUCGCAACUUCCAGCAAAUCCAAGAGGGACGCAUGGCCGCCGAACAGCAACAGCAGCAGCAGCACCAUCAGCUGCUCGCCCAGGCCCAGGCGGCUGCCCAUGCCGCCGCCCAGGCCCAACUGCAUCAGCAGCAACAGCAAGCAGCCGCCGCCGCAGCAGCAGCUGCGCACGCAGCCCAGCAGGCGCAGGUGGCACAACAGCAGCAGCAGGCGCAGGCCCAACAGCCGCAGGCCAAUCGCCAGCAGAAGCCAACAUCGCGCCAACAGAUUGAGGAUCCUGGUCCGCCGGCACGCCCACAAUUGCCACAGCGGCUGAUUGUGGUGCCCGAUCCACCGCAUGCCAAUCGCCCGUUGCCACCGACGCCCAAGUGUGGUGAGCCAGCGGCCCAAACGCCGCCGCAACAGCUGCAGCGCAGCUCUCAGAACAAUUUCAAGCCAUCGUUACCACCAAGGAGACCUGAGCCGCAGCCACAGACAGCAGCAGCAGGAGGCGGCGGUGGACAGCAGCUGGCACAGCCUGAGGCGCCGCCCCGCAACAAUCGACAAUCGGGCGCCGGCAAUGGAGCCAUCUGUGUGUCGGCCUCCUCAUCGUCAUCGUCGUCAUCGAAGCCGGCAGCCGCAUUGCCAUCGCAGUCGAACAAUCAUUUGGGACAGCCGGUGAAUCCCUUGGAUCCGCUCGACAGCAGCGACUCGGACAGCGAACCGGAUGAGCCCAACGAUCGGGCACGCAACGAUGGCACUCUACUAGCCAGCGAUCCGCCCAAACCGCUGCCCGGCCUGGGACCCGUUUCCGAGGAUACGACAACAGCAACAACAACGACCACACCGCUGAGCCAUGGCAGCGGCGGUCCACCAAAUCGACCCUUGCCACCGACCCCGGAUGACGACGAUCAAGCCGGCGAUCGAACGCUGAUCAUGAAGCGCAAACUAGAACAAAACGUAAAUCGCUUACAAAAAUCCGCUUCCACUUCGCAUGCGCCAAGGCGAGCCGAAGACGUAAAGCUUCUGCGCGAAUGGGACUUUGAUCGCUUCUUUCCCAAAAAACCGAAUUCUGCUAGCGGUGCUGCCAGCAGCAGCAGCGGCAGCGGCAGCAGCAGCACCACGGCCAGCCUGAGUCGCAGCUCGAAUUUGAGCACGCUUAAGGUGGAGGCGAAGCUGCAGCGCGCCAGCGUCGCCGAGGCCAUAGCCCGACCCGUGCCGAAAGGCUAUCAACCGUUAAAGGGCGCCAGCUCCUCAGCUGGCGUUAACAUUGCCAAAGAGCUUAACAGUAGCAGCAACAUAACGCAACAGCAGCCAUCGACACAGCAGCUGCAGCAGCAGCACAAACGUCAGGAAUCCGACUCGAAGUUGCCGAGCUUUGUGCGCGGCUUUCGACGCGAGAACUCAGACUUUUUCCCGUUAGCUAAACGACAUUCGGCAGUGUUCAGCGGCAGCGCUGCCAGCAUCAAGAGCGGCACCAAUACGCAGCUGCAGUCGCAGCCGGCGCGCGCCAGUGCCAUGUACCAAAGGAACAGCAUUUACAACAGCAGCAGCAGCGGCAACGGCAGCAAGGAGAACAGCGCUGCUGCUGCAACGGAUAAGACCAAAGCGACAGCCGCCACAAAGCAAGCAGCUCAAGCCGCAGCGGCGCCCACUAAAUCCAGUUGGGCUAAUCUAGAUUUUCUCCGUCCGCGUCGCGAAAAGACUGAGUCUGUCAUUGUGCUGCAAAAUGCAGCACAGCGUGCGCAGCAGCGCCAGCAACAACAGCAAACACAGCAACAACAGCAACAGCUACAGCAGCAGCAGCAGCAGCAGCUUCAGCAACAGCCGCAGCAGAACCGUGGAGUAGCUGGCAGUGGAGCUGGAGGGGAUAACAGCGGCCUUGGCACCCCCGGCACACGCACCAGCAGCGUUCUGCCCGAUCUGCUUAGCCAGGCGUCACCGGCCACGCCUCCGCGCCACGAUAAAUCAUCCAGUGAGGAGUAUCAAGCGGCCAUUAGCUCAUCCGUGCAUUCCACGCCAUCGAAAUCGUUUAUCGCUAGCAGCGGCGUCGGCAGCGGCAGCGGCAGCGGCUCCGGCUGUGUUGUCAGCAGCAGUGCCGCCAACGUCAACAUCGGCGUUGGCGGCCAUGGCCAUGGCGGCGGCAGCGUUGUCGGUGGUGUAAUUAUUAGCGCUAAUAAUUCACCACAAUCGACCAUCUCGCUGGCCUCAUCCAAAUCGAAUUCGCGACAAAAUUCGCCAAAGAAUUCGAUUAGUAAAACGCGUUCUUCCAGCAGUAUUACUAAUUUAUUGCAUAAAUCUGCUUCUUCCUCCUCUGCGAACAUUCUUCAUCUGACACCCAACUCAACGCUAACAUCGUCCACAUCAACAACAACCACAACGAAUGCCUCCAAUCACUUGCCGCCCCAUGCGUACGCCCUGCAACAGAAACAACGCAGUUUUCUCACCUUUGGCUUUGGUGCCGGUGGCUCUGGGCCGACGCGUCGUGAAUCAACGGUCAAUGUCAAUGUCACGCCCACAUCUCAUGAGGCGGCCAAUGAUACGCCCGAAAUUCGUAAGUAUAAGAAACGUUUCAACUCGGAGAUCCUCUGCGCCGCCCUAUGGGGUGUCAAUUUGCUAAUUGGCACCGAGAAUGGACUCAUGCUGCUCGAUCGUUCCGGUCAGGGCAAGGUAUAUCAGCUCAUCUCGCGUCGCCGUUUUCAGCAAAUGGAGGUGCUAGAGGGCCAAAAUAUAUUGGUCACCAUAUCGGGCAAAAAGAAUCGUGUGCGCGUCUAUUACUUAUCCUGGCUCAAGUCGAAGAUCUUGCGCACCGAUGGACUCUCCGAUCAAGUGGAGCGUCGCAAUGGCUGGAUUAAUGUGGGUGAUCUACAAGGUGCUGUACAUUUUAAGAUUGUCAAAUACGAGAGGAUUAAGUUCCUAGUGAUUGCAUUAAAAGACUCAAUUGAAAUUUAUGCAUGGGCGCCCAAACCAUAUCACAAAUUUAUGGCAUUUAAGAAUUUCGGUGAACUGGAGCAUCGCCCCCUUUUGGUCGAUCUCACAAUUGAGGAUCAGUCGAGACUGAAAGUGAUUUAUGGUUCUGCUGAAGGUUUCCAUGCGGUUGAUUUAGAUUCAGCUGAAGUAUACGAUAUAUAUCUUCCUAAGCAUACUCAGGGUGCAAUCAUUCCCCAUUGUAUCGUGGCGCUUCCAAAUUCAAAUGGCAUGCAACUCCUUUUGUGCUAUGACAAUGAAGGCGUCUAUGUGAAUACUGCCGGUCGUGUAUCCAAGAAUAUUGUGCUGCAGUGGGGUGAAAUGCCUACCUCGGUGGCCUACAUUGGCACUGGACAAAUUAUGGGCUGGGGCAAUAAAGCAAUAGAGAUACGUUCCGUUGAGAGCGGCCAUUUGGAUGGUGUGUUUAUGCACAAGAAAGCGCAACGCUUGAAAUUCCUUUGCGAGCGCAAUGACAAAGUAUUCUUCAGCAGUGCCAAAGGUGCUUCAUCGUGUCAAAUCUAUUUCAUGACGCUCAACAAGCCAGGCAUGGCCAAUUGGUAAAGGGCCGUCGUCGGGCUGACCCUAGACCCACUUCUUUGUUAUUAUUUUUGGCAACUGAACAACAACUGCAACAUUUUCUACUUAUUUUACAACUUUCAAAAAGAGAGGAAAAACAAAUAUCUAAAGAAAACACAGACGACACACACACACACACACAUUUAGCUCGUUUAAGUAAAAAGUGCAUAAUUUUUAAGUGAGAAACAACAUCCUAUACAUAUUACACACAUACACCAUACAGUCACACACACACACACACACAUCAAAAUGUGCUUAUGAAUCAAAGUUCAGUAAAUGGAAAAUCGUUUCAAUUAGUAAAUGUGCUAUAAAA